AUGGCUUUAACUCGUCAAUUACAAAAACAACAAGGAGGUGGUUCCAACAAUGCCAAUAACUGGUAUGCCAAUCAAUACGCUCGUCGUGAAGAAGAAGCGCAACGAACGGUUCAACAGCGACAAUUGAAUCAAGCUCGAAUCGAUACCGAAAUGCAAGAAUUUGAAGCGAAAGCAGCAAACAAACGUUUGAUACGCGAACAAGCACGUGCGGAUCGUGAUCGGGCUAUGGAACAAGCAAUUAUCAAAGCACAGUGCGAAAAACAACUCGCUACCGAAGCGCGAAGCCAAGAAGAACGAUUAGCUGCGGAACUUGAACGAAUCAAACAUGAGAAAACACGCGAUGAAAAAAUGCGACAGCAAAUUCGUGAGACGAGUUAUGAAUUACGAGAUUUAGAAUCCAAGCUACGUGCUGCGUAUGUUCAAAAAGAACGUAUUGGUCAAAUGGCCGAAAAAGAAGCCCUGAAAUUCGACUCCUAUUUGGAAGAUGCGGAAAUUGCUCGUCGUAUGCGUACGGAAACUGACAAAGCUGAAGCAGAUCGUCGUCAGCAAGAAAUUGUUCGACAACAAGAAAUGGUUCGCUAUAAACAAGAUCUUCAACGGCAACUCGAAGAACGCGAAUUAGGCAAGCAACGAGCGUAUGAAGAAUUUCUUCGUGAAAAACUGGCCAUUGAUGAAAUUGUUCGCAAGAUCUAUGAAGAAGAUCAACGAGAAAUGGAACGUAAAUUCGAACGUCAACGUGCUACACGGGAAUUUAUUACUGAAUUCCAACGUAAACGUGAAGAAUGGAAGAUAAUGGAACGUCAACGUAUGGAAGAAGAGAAUCGUCGUAUAAGAGAAUAUGCUCGAACUCAAGAACAACGACAAGAAGUUGCCAAAGCUGAGAAACGUGCACGUGAAGAAGCUUUAGAUAAAGUUCAGCGAGCACUAGCUGAACAAAUCAAACGUGAUCGCGAAGAUCGCGAAGAACAAGAACUAGUUCGACAAGAAUUAUACUUAGAAGAACAGGAACAGGCCAUACGAAAACGUGAACGUGAAGAAAUGGAACUACGUAUAAAACAACGAUUAGAACUACAACGUGAACGAGACGAACAACUGGAAUUCAAACGUGUACGUGAUAUUGAAGUCAAACAAGAAGAAGAACGAUUCCGACAACAAUUAAUGGCGAAAUUUGCUGAAGAUGACCGUAUCGAACAAAUGAAUGGUCAGAAACGUCGUAUGAAACAAAUUGAACACAAACGAGCAGUCGAUGCUCUUCUCGAAGAACGUCGGCGUCAAAUGGCCGUUGAUAAACAACGUGAAGUCGAUGAACGUGCUGAAGCCGAACGUAUUUCUCAACUUCGUAAACAGAUCAUUGAAGAAGAACGUAUUAAAUUACUUCGUGAACAUGCUCAUCGUUUGUUGGGCUACUUACCAAAGGGUGUCAUUCGUGAUGAGAAAGAUCUCGAUGACUUGGGUAUUGACUUCAAGAAUGAAUUCAAACGACGACAUGCGAAUAUGCAAAAUCCGAAUGGAUGGGACAAUAUGUGA